GCUACGGACUCACCACUCUUCACGGUUCUCUUCAAGCCGGUCCGGUUUUUUUUAUUCGCAUGUUGUAUUUUGGGCACCGACACCAAAAUAUAACUUCAAGCGACAAUCGUUCAGUGUUUGUGUUGUCUCGGUCGAAGAAGGUCGGAGUAGGUUGUUUUGCUCCGAAUAAAAAAAAGGUGUUCCUGUCAGAUAAGCUGUGCUGUGUUUUGCAGUCAAUAUUUUCUAAAAAUGAAUUCCCUGCGAGUUUGCAACGUUAUCAGAAGCAGCCUGUCAAAAUCGGACAUUUUGGUCCGAGGAUUCGCCACGUCCAAUGUGGUCAACGAGAAUCACAAAUGCAAGGUGCUGGUGGUGGGCGGAGGCGCCGGCGGAUGUUCCGUAGCGGCCAAGCUUAGCAACAAGCUGGGAGAGGGAAAGGUCAUCAUUUUGGAACCUGCCGAUAAACACUAUUAUCAGCCAAUGUUUACCCUUAUCGGAGGAGGCAUAAAGACGCUCAACGAUAGCUAUCGACCGAUGGCAAAAGUGCUUCCAGCCCUUGCCAAAUGGCUCAAGGAUUCGGCGGUGAAAUUCGAGCCCGAAAACAACGCCGUUUACACUGCGAAUGGGGACAAGAUUGAGUACGACUUUUUGUUGGUUGCCGUCGGUCUCCAGCUUAACUAUGACAAAAUUCCUGGCCUCGUAGAGGCUCUAUCGAUUCCCAAGGGUAAAGUGUGCUCCAACUACUCCCCGAAGUAUGUCGACCGAACCUUCGAAGCACUAAAGGCGUUCAAAUCCGGAAACGCCAUCUUCACUUACCCCAACAGCCCCGUGAAAUGUCCGGGAGCGCCUCAGAAGAUUCUCUACAUUGCUGAGCAUUACUUGAGAAAUUCUAAAAAACGACAAAACGCUAACGUCACCUACAACUCGUCACUUCCCGUGAUAUUCGGUGUCAAGCAUUACGCCGAUCAGCUGUGGAAAAUUGUGGAAAAGCGUAACAUCAAUGUAAAUCUGCGUACAAACCUGAUCGAAGUUUUACCCGAGAAGAACCAGGCAGUAUUUCAAAACUUGGACAAACCGGAAGAGAAGUUCACAACUGAUUACGAGUUUCUGCACGUGACACCUCCCAUGAGUGCGCCGGACGCUUUGUCCGCUUGCAAAGAUCUGGUCACCGAUACGGGAUUCGUCAAUGUGGACAAGGAUACUCUGCAGCACCUCAACUACAGCAACGUGUUUGCUAUCGGUGAUUGCUCCGCAUCUCCAAACUCUAAAACUGCUGCUUCUGUUGCCGCACAAUCCAAGGUUGUGUACAAAAACAUGAUUGCGGUGAUGAAUGGCGUACGGCCAGGGCAGGUCUUUGACGGCUAUGCGUCCUGUCCGCUGGUGACCGGUUACAACACGUGCAUCCUUGCCGAGUUCGACUACAGUUUAACCCCGCUUGAGACAUUCCCGAUCGAUCAGAGCAAGGAGCGCAUUUCGAUGUUCUACAUGAAGAAGGACAUUAUGCCUCCACUAUACUGGCACCUGCUGUUGAAUGGAUUGUGGAACGGACCAGGAUUCGCCCGGAAACUGAUGCAUUUUAAGCUGUAAUAGAACGUUUCUUAUUGUUAUAAUUAAAAGAUUUGUUAAAAUCAUUUAUUGUUGAAAAAGGCGAAUCCUGUACAUAUCAACAAACUUGAGUUAUUGUACGCCACGACUUUCACUGGAAGUAUGAAAUAUAAAUGCGGUGCGUUAUGAUUCACAGAGA